CCCUGACUGUUCGGUUGCUCAGGAGAAGCUGGCGCUGGGAUCUAAUGAGAUUAUUGCCGUGGCUGUCAGUGUGGGACUAGCCGCCGUCAUCCUAGCAGUGGUUCUCACAUUGGCCGUGGUGCUGUGCGCGAGACGAGGGUAAGUUUGGACAUGUUGUAUGUUGUUAAAUUAUUGGUUUGUGUGGUAAGAGCCCUAGAGCUGGUAUGAGAAUCUCUCAGAAACAGCAGGCGGAUAUUUGACCAGACGUAUAUCUCAGCAAUGAUAACAGUUCAAUUAAACGCGGAUGUCAGUGGAUGUAAAGUGUAUAUGAAUCAAAUUAUCAGUGAAAUUUUGUUAAUUCAUUACUGUGUAAAGAACCUAUUUUGCAAUGACAUUUAAAAACCAACUGUCCUGUGGUGCAAUAUUUAUAGGACUAGGACAGCAUUUUGGAAAAUAUGAAACAUAAUAAUGUGAUAAUGCGUUCAAACUACUUACAGCUUUACUCUACUUAUAAAAUGGAAUUGAGCGUAUUUCAUUUGCCACAUAUUGUGAGAUUUUUUUUCUCAGUUGACAGCGAACCUUGCGUAUUGUCCACAAAUUGUGUUUAAACAAAAUAAGACAUUGGCAAUUCAUCAAAUUACAAGAGAGCUGAGAACCCUGGUGUGACGAGUUGAAUGUAUUUUAUAUUGGAGAUCUUCUAGAGUCGCAUACGUUCACAACUUGUUUCAUUGAAUACUCCCAUUUGACGUGGUGGUAUCCUUGAGACGGGCUCAUACCUCUUGUUUCUGAAUCCAAAUUUUUAUGAACUUUACAAAACAUACUUUGUGGUUGCAUGAGUAAUUUUCUCAUUUCUAUUCUUUCCUUUCUCUGUUUUUUUUCCCUAGUGCAUCAUUGGUUUGACAAAAUAAAGUCUAAAUCCUUUACACAUUAAAUUUCCCUUUUCGCAGAAAAAGAGUUGAGUAUUUCGACAACAACAGCCGCCCCACCACCUCACAGCUUGAGGACAAAACCUCCCUGUGGAGUAGCCGAGCCCCGAUCCGCGUCUACAACCAGACGCCCUACGACAACAUCGCCCACAACACCACCAGCCUCACGACGCAGGGGCGACCAGACGGCGUCACGGGAAAUCUUGAAAACCAGGGCCUCAGUCCAGAUUAUCAUAGUCCCUGGUACGAGGAAGCGCCCAACAAAGGAGAACAUGGCGUUUUAAGACUAGGUCACUCGGGACGUGGUCCACCACUGGCUUACAACCCAGCCACCAUCUGGCCCAAUCGUUUCUCCUAUUGGAGCGAUGAAGGGAGGGACUCACCAUUGUAG